CCAAAUCUGAGAAAUAUGUCAGCUUUUGGCAGUGGGAAUACAACUACAAAUGGUGUGUCUCAAUCCGAGGAGUUGUGCCGUUGGUUUUCAUUUGUUGAGAUUCAAUCCGCGACCAACAAUUUCGAUAAUGCUUUGGUCAUUGGGAAAGGUGGAUUCGGUAAGGUGUAUAAAGGGUUCAUCGACGGUGGAGCUACCACUGUUGCCAUUAAGCGGUCGAAUGCAGAGUCCAAACAAGGGGCAGCAGAGUUUUGGACUGAGAUCAAGACGCUUUCCAAGCUCAGGCACACGCAUCUUGUGACUCUGAUUGGCUACUCUGAUGAUUGCGAGGAGAUGAUACUUGUUUACGAAUACAUGGCCAAUGGGACACUUGCCGAUCAUCUCUACCAAUAUAGUAGGGAAGGAAAUGGGAAUGCUAUUUAUCAUCUUACUUGGGAGGAGAGGCUCAAGAUUUGUAUUGGUGCUGCCCAAGGAUUGGCCUACCUUCAUACGGAUACUGAGGAAGGUGUCAUACACAGGGAUGUGAAGACCACAAACAUUCUGUUGGACGAGAAUUGGGUAGCUAAGAUCUCAGAUUUUGGAUUGUCUAAAAUGGUAAACACAAGCCAUUUGCAAACCCACGUUAGUACAGAUGUUAAGGGCACAUUCGGUUAUUUAGAUCCAGCAUAUUUCUUGACUCGUAGACUAACCAAGAAAUCAGAUGUGUAUGCCUUUGGUGUGGUUCUGUUUGAAGUGUUAUGUGCGAGGCCACCAGUGGAUACAAGUGUUGAGGAGGAGCAAAUCGGACUAGCCCUAUGGGCUCAAAAAUGCAUCAAAAACGGAAUGCUUGACGAAAUCAUUGAUCCCUUUAUAAGAGGACAAAUAUCACCAAAUUGUCUGAAGGUGUUUGCAGAAGUUGCUAACAAAUGUUUGCAUAAUCAUUCAAAAGGAAGGCCUACAAUGAGUGAAGUUGUGGAGAGCCUCAAGUAUGGCAUGGCAUCACAUGGCAAUAUCCGUAUAUCUCGACACAAGGGAAUAAUAAGCAAUCUGUUUUUGAGUACUGCAGAUGUAGUAGCUAAAGGUGUUGAUCUUGGGUGGAGAAAGUGGAAGAACAAAGGUCCUAAGAACGGCAUGUCAUGGCAGUUGUGUAGGGAUCCAUUUGCGGAUGGUGUUACCCAAUUGUACCAUCGUUUCUCUCUUGCAGAGAUUCAAGCAGCUACAAAUAAUUUUCAUGAGCUUGUGGGGAUGAGUCCCCGUGGUGACGUCAGAUUGUAUAGAGGCCAUAUCAGCAGUGGGAAUCUUGAGGUGGCAAUUAAAAGGUGGAAAGAAGGAACAUCAAGAGAGAGGAACUUGGACCAAUUUAGGGCUGAGAUCCAGGUGCACUCCCAUCUCCGUCACCUCCACAUUGUUUCUUUAAUUGGAUACUGCAUCGAUAAGCAUGAAGUGAUCCUUGUCUACGAAUAUAUGGCCCGUUGGUCUCUCUACCAUCAGCUCUAUGAAACCAACAAGUAUCCACUUAAGUGGGAAAAGCAACUUGAGAUUUGCAUUGGUGUUGCACGAGGACUGCAAUAUCCAUGCGGGUACAAGGCAAACAAUCAUUCAUGGCAAUCUGAAGCCGAGCAAUAUUCUGUUGGAUGAGAAAUGGAAUGCGAAAGUGGUAACCAGCAUUGAAUCAAGUACGGGCACCGUGGGAUAUAUCGAUCCAGAAUACCAUGCCAAUGGAAAUUUUACUAUAAAAUCCGAUGUGUAUUCAUUCGGUGUCAUUUUACUCGAACUGUUGUGUGGUAGGAAGCCAAUGAUCUAUUCAAGGGACGAGGAUCAAGUGAAUUUAGUUCGUUGGUUCAAAACUAAUAGCAAAAUGGGCACCGUUGAUCAGAUCAUCGAUCCAUAUCUAAUUGACAAAAUAGCACCAAAAUGUUUGAAAGAAUAUGUCAUGAAUGCAGAAAAUUGCGUGUGUGAUAAGGGGAUUGAGCGUCCAUCGAUGGAUGAUGUGUUGGGUAACCUCCGGUAUGCACUGCAACUGCAGGAGACUUGGCAGAAUAGUAAUGACCAGUUCAGUACAGUUGAGUCCCCUGAGGCCGUUCCUAGUUUGGAUGGCACUGUGAUUGUUGAAUUAGCAAGAGGAGGAGAUAUUGAUGUGAUGAGUUUGGGGAGUAUAGGGGAUUCAGAUUUUUUUUCAGGUAAUCUAGCACGGUAGCACAACUCUUUGGUCUUUACAAUGUGCAAACAUAAGGCCUUUCCAACUGAAACAGAAUAAUGCUGCCCCUGUUAAUGGAUUGCUCUCCCGUGUAUGAUGUCUGAAGCUAUCCACUUCCUAUGUUAAAAUAAACUUUCUAUCAUAAUGUAAUCCACAUAUUUUGUAGA